GAUCCAGCCUUUCGCGGGUUCGUCGAGUCGACCUUCGACGCCCUCCUCAUCUUCGAGGGCUGCAGGCGCGGCUUCCUCCCCAAGAUCACCCGCCGCCUCCAAGAGUUCGAGAAGCGCCAGAACGUCGUCUCGGGCGCCGUCUUCGUGUUUGACGAGGAGGAGACGGGCAUCAAGCGCUGGACCGACGGCCUGUCGUGGAGCCCGUCGCGCACGCUCGGCAACUUCCUCGUCUACCGCGAGCUCGACAAGAAGGCGCAGCCGCCGCCCGGACCUGUCGCGUCGGGCUCGGGCUCGCGGCCUGGGAGCUCGUCGGGGCCGCGACGGUCGUCGGUGAGCGAGCUCGCAGGCGCGACGCUCGACCGCGUUCGCGAGCGCGCCCUCGUCGGCAGCCUCACGUCGAGCUACCGGUUCCGCUCCGACGGCCUCGUCAAGAAGACGAUCUCGCUCCAGGGCCUGCACCUCAUCGGCUACUACCGCAUCGACGACGUCGUCAGCGGCCGCCUCCGCACGCCG